AUGGGGAGGGGAGUGGCUGUCAGUAGCUCAGGGAUAAAUAGAGAGGCAGAGCUCAGAAUUUGUCAGAAGGCGGACCUGACAGGGUCACACACAGGACCAAGCAGGAGCAGGAGAUCAGCAUUUUUACCUUUAAUUACAAAUGGAGAAGCAUGAAGAUGUUCAAUACUGUUUUCAAGACAGAAACUCUUCUUGCAGAAAGGCUUUGCUAUCGACAUCUAUCUACAUAACACUGUACAUCUUCUGCUCAUUGAUUUCAGCAGUUACAGUAUUUUUGAACAUACUGGUGAUCAUCUCCAUCUCUCACUUCAAGCAGCUCCACACUCCAACCAACCUGCUCAUCCUCUCUCUGGCUGUGUCAGAUCUCCUGGUGGGACUGAUUGUGAUACCAGCAACGACUGUAGCAAUAAUGGAACCAUGCUGGGGUUUUGGGGAAUAUUUCUGUGUGUUUGAAUUCUACAUCGCUUAUUUAUGUACUUCUUUAUCUCUGGGCAAUUUGGUCUUGAUUUCUAUUGACCGCUAUGUUGCUGUGUGUGAUCCCUUAUUGUACCACUCUAAAAUAACAAUAGCAAGAAUAAUGUGUUGUAUAUCCAUUUCCUGGUGUUGUUGUAUCAUAUACGAUGCUGCUAUUAUAAAAAUAUUUGUAAAUGUACAGGUAUCCAGUAGAUGUUUGAAAGAAUGUUUUAUUGUGAAAGGGUUAAAUUGGGUUAAUAUAAUUGGCCUUGUAUUUACAAUGGCUGUUCCAUGCUCUAUUAUUUUAACACUUUAUAUGAAAAUCUUUGUGGUGGCCAGAUCACAGGCCAGAAAGGUAUUUUCAAAAGAGGCUGCCUGUGUGUUUGGUGUUAAAACUGUACGGGCAAAUAAGUCUGAGAGAAAAGCAACAAAAACCCUAGCAAUUGUUGUUUUCAACUAUCUCAUUUGUUGGAUUCCAUCUCUAUUUCCUUUUGUUUUUUCCUUUUAUUUUAGUGACAAUUUGAUAUCAUUUAUCAUCAGCUUUCUGCCACUUGUUAAUUCCUUAAUUAAUCCAAUAAUUUAUGCUUUCUUUUAUCCAUGGUUCAAAGUGACAUGUAGACAUAUUUUAACUCUGAAGUUAAGGAGUUCAUAGUUCCUAUGUUUCUAUUCCUAAAUUGGACCAACAAAUUGUUAUACUGUUUUGUUUUAAUUGCUUCUUUCAAAUAACAAUACACUGAUAUUACUUAUCUUAGUGUUGUCAUCAUCGAUACAUGUGGUGUUGAUAAAGAAUGAUUUAGCUGGACUGGAUUAUAAAUACUUGGAGAAGGCAUAAACUUGUUUUAUAAAAUA